AUGGAUUCCAUCGAAGCGACCCUAUUUCGAGGGAUGAUCCCGGUGAUUCCCGAUAUUAUGAUCCUUGACUAUGAUGGAAGCGAAAACACAACAGAAUGCCUGUGCUCUGAUAUUCAGAGAGAGGAUUAUUCGCCCCUAUUUGAAUGGGCCAACUAUAUAACCAUUAUUCUGGCUCUACCAGUUCUUUCCAUAUUUGGAGUAAUCACGAAUUGUAUUAAUGUGUUUCUAUACACUAGGAAAAGGCUUCAAAACUCUGCAAACACCUAUUUAUUAUUUCUGGCUUGCAGUGAUUUCAUGGUGAUUGUAACCGGAUUAUUCAUCUUUUGGAUUGAUUCUGCACGAUCAUAUAUCCCCGAGCUCACUCACGCUCCAUAUACUACCGUAUACACAUUACCAUUUGGUUACAUGGCUCAAACCUGCAGUAUUUAUUUUACUGUGGCAGCCGCUGUAGAUUGUUUCGUAAAUGUUUGCUGGUCGGCCCAUGCCGGCCACUAUUGUACGGUUCGGCGUGCCAAACAGAUCUGCAUAUCGAUUGUGAUUGUUUCAAUAAUGUACAAUUCACUGAGAUUUCCGCAAUUCAACUUGCGCAAAUGUUUCAACGACAUCACAAAGGAGGAAGUAAUUGAAAUCUGUCCGACGUCCCUCUUUGUUACAAUUAAUUCGGUAUAUAAUAUUUACAUGUACAUGGUUUUAAUGACACUUUUGCCAUUCUUCUUUCUGUUGUGCAUUAACGCAAUUAUUGUGAAGCGGCAAUCAGCUCAAAAAUCUGAUGAAAAUGCUCCAAAAGCUCAAGGAAAUUCGGAUGACACAAUCACAAUGAUUAUGGUCGUUAUUCUGUUCUUAGCUUGCAACACACUGGCGCUUCUGGUUAAUAUUAUCGAGAAUUUCACGGAACCCUCGCCGAUUCUCCUCAAUUUUCUAACGGAUACUAGCAAUUUCCUGGUGGUCCUUAAUUCAUCUGUCAACUGCAUUAUUUACUUUGUGUUCAACGCUGAUUAUCGAGAAAUGUUCAUUGUAUAUUUCAAGCGAAUCCAUCGAGCUAUCAUGGAAGAGUAUUGCUGCUGUUUGAAAGUGAAUACUCGAAGAUACUCAUCCUAUCAACCAGUUUCAACUCGUUUGGUUCUUGAUAAAACUCGAAAUGGCAAUAGCAGCACUAAAUUGAUCAUUCCGAAUCUCGAAAUUAAUCGCAGUGAGCAGCCCAGCUUUGAAGAAUCCGAAACAGUUUCGUCGCCUAUCUGGCAACCACUGACUACAAGAGAUUUGCCAAAUGUCGAUUGGCCGAACACAUUUGAUCCACCAAACAUCGAAGAUGACAUUGAUUCGGGAUGGGAUGACGCGAGCCAGCUCUCAACUAGGAACGGGACCCGUCGAUGGAUUGCAGAGGUUAACAUAGUCGAUUGCGAGCAGCGCGGACAUCGACCGCAUAUUGUGGUCCGUCCACUCGCCACACUCCCCAACAAUGAUACCAUUUCAAUAACCGCUUUGUAA